GACCAAUUACAUUCAUCCAUUGUUUUUGGAUAAAACAGUGAAUAGAGAUUAGAUGCAUACUUAGGCUUAAUUAUUCAGUUUGUGCUAUAAUAUGUAAGACUUAAACUUUUAUUUUUAUGAGGUGCAUUGAACUUAAUAUUAUCUCCUUUCGUAAUGUAUGAUAGGUUAAGAUUUCAUUGACGGUACAACUGAAAAUGGUACCAUGCAAAAGCAAUCUAUGGGCGUAUGAACGCCUUGGUUUAUAUGCCCAUUCUUCUCACAGGGUAUUCCCGCGCAUUUUGCGAUUUCAUUCGUUCGAUUAUAACAUUGAACAAAUUGAUGCUUUGUUAAAGAAAGGCAAGGUACAUUUUGAUUGGCACCUUUCAUCGGAAGAUCGUAUAAAUCCAAUUAUCCGUGCAGCAUUAAAUUUGGAUGUGGUUGGAAGGGCCGAAGGUAGCAGCCCUGAAGGAGAAGCACUUGAAAAGGAAGGAGAUGGAAGUUUCAAGGGUUCCAAGUUAGCAGCUGUGGACAAAAUCAGAAUAAAUAACCAGAGGAUAAGAACUAUAAGGAAUGAAAUAGCUGUUGUGAGGAAGGAGCUGCAGGAUCUUAGAAAGUUGAGAAGCUUUGGAUAUGUUGAUAACCAAGGGGUUGAUUGUGAGGUUAAGGAAGAUUUUGUACCUCAACAAGUUCCAGAUGAAGAUUGUGCACUUGCAGAACUUUCAGGUGAAGCUGCUGAUGAAGGUUUUGGUGAAGCAAAUGAAGCAGCUGAUGAUGCAACUGCAGGUGAAGCAAAGGAAGCAGUUGUAGAUGAAGGAGUUGCAUAUGAAGGACCUGCAAAGGUAUUUUCUGCAACUGAAGGAGGUACAGAUGAAGGACUUGCAAAUGAAGGACAUGCAAAUGGAGGAGCUGCAGCUGAAGUAGCUGGUUCUAAAACACAUGUUGAUGAGGAAUGUCCAGGUGAAGGUCAUGAAGGGGCUGCAAAUGAAGGACCUGCACAUGAAGGUUGUGAGGCACAUGAAGAACUUGGAACUAAUGCAGAUGAAGAAGCUUCUGCUCAUUCACAUGAAGAAGGUGCAGAUGACAUAGGUGAUGAUGAUGAAAAAGCUUCAGGUCAUCCAUCUCCUUUGAUUGACAUAGGUGAUCAUGAUGAAGGUGGUCAAGUUGAACCGAAGGUAGUAGUCCCUUUGCGAAGCUAUAAUGGUGAUCCAAGAACAAGCGUUGAUUUGGAUAUGUUGUACAACACAGUGACGCGAAGAGACAUUGAAAUGAGGUAUGUGUCCGAAAUAAUUGGUCAAUUGUUGACAACCACUGAUUGUAACACGUUAGGGCCUCGUCAAUAUGUUGACAACAUGGUAAUUAUGCUCUUGAUUCAAAUUAAUGUUUUAAUUCAAUUUUGAAAUGUAAACAAGAUGAUGUUAAAGUUGUUUACUGUUUUGUAGACGGUAAUGUGUGCAGCAACAAUAUUUAUGUAUUUUGAGAAAAGAUCCUCUGGAGUCAUAAAGAGGAUGGUAUUCAGUCCAAAUUUUGUGGUAAAUUCGUGUACUUUGCUAAUUUCUUUGGAUGGUAUAACUGGACAUAUUGACAUGGCUGUUUAUUUAUGAUUUUUUUUUUUAUCCAAGUCACACAUACU